UGUGUGUGUGUGUGUGUCUGUCUGCGUGUGUGUUUUCGCUUUGCUCCGGGGCCCUGCCCUCUCCUCUGGUAUACUCUGGCUGGCUCCCUCUGAGGGGACGUCUUGGACGAAGGCCCUUGAAGAAGAGAACAGCGAGCGCAGCCUCAGCGCAGCCUCAGCCUUAUCCUCUAGCCUGUGGCCUCUGCAGAACCCUGGACUCCAGGGAGACUAUCACUCGCUCGCUCGUUUGCUUGCUUGCUCUCUCACAGCUUACAUCAGCUGAGCUCGUCUGCCUCCGAGACAAGCAUAACAGUGAAAGAGGGAGAUAGAGACAGAGACAGAGAGAGAGAGAUUGAAGGAGAGAGAGAGAGAAAGAAAAGAAACAGUGAGAGAGCAGACAGGGAGGGUGAGAGAUACAAAGAGGUAGUGAGGGAGACAGGGAGCGAUAAAGGGAGAGAAAGAAAGAAGUGUAGGAGGACGAAGAGAAGAAAGGAGGAGGAGGAGGAGGAGAGGAGGGUACAGUACAUGCGCGUUGUUUGUGCGUGCUGUCGGCGUGCUGUUGCCGCGCCGCUCUCCCUCCGCCCUCCCGAGGGCAUAAGUAGGCGUUGGCAUGGCUCUGGGCAUGCUGUGUGGCGCGGACCUACUGGUCAGCACGGGCCAGUGCGUGUGGACAGUGGCCGAGCAGAUGCUGAGCAAGUGGGGCUCGCGGGGCCUGAAGCCCGCCCGGAGACUACUGCAGACAUGGCUACACCUUGGGGACUCCCAGCAGAUGACAGAGGGGCGGCUUGGCCAGGUGCGUCUGUUGGAUGACAGGCAGUUGGAACUCCUGGUCCAGCCUAAGCUGUUGUCCCGUGACCUUCUGGAUUUGGUUGCCUCACAUUUCAACCUCAAAGAGAAGGAAUACUUUGGGAUAUCCUUCACCGACGAGACAGGUCAACAUAAUUGGCUGCAGCUGGACCGGCGAGUGUUGGAUCACAACUUCUCCAAGAAGACUGGCCCUUUGGAGCUCAAGUUCCUUGUGAGGUUUUACAUCGAGAACAUAACAUUUCUGAAGGACACGACAACUAUAGAACUCUUCUUCCUGAAUGCCAAAUCCUGUAUCUUUAACGGGCUUUUUGAAGUGGAGAGUGACCAUGUAUUCAAAUUAGCGGCUUAUGCGCUGCAGGAAGCGAAUGGAGACUACACGAGUGAUGAAUGCACGCGUGAGGAUCUGAAGAAACUUCCCACCUUACCCACCAACGUGUUGACGGAGCACCCUUCGCUCGCAUACUGCGAGGACCGAGUCAUCGAGCACUACAAGAAGCUGAAAGGAGUGACCCGAGGACAAGCCAUUGUCAAGUACUUGUCUCUGGUUCAGUCCCUCCCCAACUAUGGAGUGCAUUAUUAUGAAGUAAAGGACAAGCAAGGCCUUCCCUGGUGGCUGGGGGUGAGCUACAAAGGCAUCGGGCAGUACGAUCAACAGGACAAGCGCAAACCGCGAAAGUUGUUCCAGUGGAAGCAGCUGGAGAACCUGUACUUCCGUGAGAAGAAGUUUGCCGUCGAAGUUAACGACCCGCAAAGGCAGCAGGUCACCUCCAAGCGCACGUUUGGCCAGAGCGGGCUGGUCAUCCACUCCUGGUAUGCCAGCCACACGCUGAUCAAGACCAUCUGGGUGAUGGCCAUAAGUCAGCACCAGUUCUACCUGGACAGAAAGCAGAGCAAAGCCACGUUAAGCACAGGCAAGACCCUGGGGGACAUCGCCAUGGACCUGACGGAGAUCGGCGGUCCGCGGCUCAGCAAGCUGGUCAGCAUGGAGAGUAAAGGACAGCUCAUCAUGGCCAGCAAUGGCAGCCUAGUCUCCACAGGUUCAGCAGAUUCCGAAGCCAACGAGGAGAAAAGACAAGAAAAGCUGAAUGAUCUGAAGAAGAAAGAGAAGGACCUUCAGGACAACCUGUCCCUCAAACUGGACGAGCUCAAGAAAAUCUGCCUCAGAGAAGCCGAGCUCACGGGCAAACUGCCAAAGGAAUACCCUCUACAGUCGGGAGAGAAGGCCCCCCCUAUCAGAAAACGAGUCGGGACCGCAUUCAAAUUGGAUGAGCUCUUUCCGUACGAUAAGGACCCUCACCUGAGGAACCUGGAGAGCCGCUUCGCUCUACAGCAGAAAAUCGUGGAGGCGGCCAUGAAGCUGUCCAACGAGGGCGACCUCUGCAAGACGGUGAAGAAGAAGAGGCGGAGAAACUGCCUGGACUCCAUGAGGAAGCUGCAGGAGAUCGAGGAUGAGAUCAACGCCUACCGAAUAAAGACCGGCAAGACGCCCACGCAAAGGGCCUCCAUCAUCAUAGAUGAGGCCAACCCUGCUGAUCUUAGCUCAAUGUCAGACAGCUUAACCCUUGACGACGAUGAGUCUAUGGUGGGCCAGAGGCAGCGAUCGCGCUCCGUGCAGUAUUCUGACCGACAGAGUCCCUCAGAGAGCAUGGGCAUCCAGUACUUCACAGACCGCCGCGCCUCCACCAACGACCAGGACGUCAACCUCAACCGGUUACCGUACGGCGAGGGCCAGGACGCGUUCCAGCACGGCGCGCGGGAAGUCGUGUCCAGCCACAGCAGCCCGUACCGGUCCGGGCCCGGCGCACGUCCGGGCCGAGACACGCGCAGCAUGCCCCCCACCCCCGUGCUGACGCGCAACGCCUACAGCAGCACACAGCUCAGCUACGAGGAGGGACAACAGCACUACCGCCAGCGCAGCGGCAGCCUGGAGUCGCAGCAGGCCUACCUGACGGAGGCCGAGUCCCACGCCCACCACUCCCACCCCCACCACCAUGGCUCCUCGGGGGGGCCCUACCUUAUGUCAAGCACCCUCCCUCGCCGCAGCACCAGCACCGAGAUCCUGGAUGACUGCUCGUCCUACACCAGCCAGUCCAGCGCUGACAUGCCCGGCGGCUACCACCACCACCAUCACCACCACGGGCAGCCACAGCACUCCGCCACCCUCCACCUGCCCCGCGCCCGCAGGCUACACCAGCAGCGACGCGCCGGCGGCUCCAGCAUCUACGCCAACACGGGCAGCAUGCCCAACCUGGCACAGCACCAGCAGGAGCCGUACAGCAGGCCGCCCUCGCGCCCCACCACCACCGCCUACUACGUGACGGGCUACCCCACGUCCGACUCGGACCCCUACUCCAACGGGGCGUACGCCUACGAGAACGAGAGCGAGGGCCACUACAGCGUCAACAGCUCUGCCUCUUCGUCGUACUACUACCACCAACAACAACAACACCAACAGCACCAACACCCACACCAGCAGCACUACCAGGGCACGUCGUACCACCCGCACGAGGCCUACCGCAGCAGUAGCGGCACCACUGGCGGCGGCGUGUACGACGAGCUGGACGGCCUAUCGCAGCACAACCCCUACGCCACGCUGCGGCCACCGCGCAACAACAACAACGGCAGCCGGCCGCCCUCGCGCCUGGGCAACGAGAACAUGCACAAGAACAUCCAGAAGGCCCUCGUGGCGGAACACCUGCGGGGCUGGUACAACCGCAACACGGGGCCCAAACAGGCCCCUGGCGGUGGCGGCGGCGGUGGUGCCUAUGACUACGACAGGGGGUCGCAACACAGCCUGGGAUACCCCAACAUGUCGCCCACGUACAGUGGACACGGCCAUCGGAACCCCUCCUUCUCAUCAUCAGUGUCCUCUGUGACGAGUGCUGGGAACUGGCAUGGCCACCAUCACAUGUCGGCAUCGCUGGAUGACUACGAGCUGCAGCAGACGCCUAUGGCACCCCCGCAGCAGCAGCAUCAUCAGCAGCAGCAUCAGCAGACCUACGGGGGCUACGGCCACCCCCACUACAUCCAGUCCGCCCACAGCAGGUCAUACACUGAUGUGAACCAAAUGGAGGAACACGCCAGUGGCCCAAUGAACAGGAGUUUUGACUCUGAGGAUCACGUGCUCUACUGGCAUGAGGACUCCUCGAAACCUGGAACGAUAGUAUAGAAUCACGGGGGAAAGUGGACAAGACGAGGCCCACACACCACCACCCAUCUCCCCCAUACCCACUCACCCCCACACCCACCCAAAGGCUGCCUUGAUCAACUCCUUACACGUGCCUGCCAACGAUGGACGACACGUUCUGAGUAAAAGGGCUCCCAAAGAUUCAACACAACGACAAAAAACAAAAGCAACAACCUGAAAGGAAUGUAACCAGACGAGAACGUGAAGCAAUGUAUGUGUGCGUGUUCAUCCAGAUUUUUUUCAUAUUACUGCAAGAUGCAGCCUUUGCAGUGGGGUUAAAAAAAACUGAAACUGGAUUCCACAUGGUGCACCUGCACGUUCCAGGAUGACCUGAACUUUUUAUUUUUUUUCUUAAUUUUUUUAAUGUUUUGAGUGAUGUUUUUUGCGUGAUGAUGGCACUUCCUUACUUAUGACUUUUUUCUUGCACUUGCACAAGGCUGCCGUGACCCCUGUGGUCUGUGGGAUGUAACUACCACCAUGGUGACUAAAUCAUUUCCCUCACAGCUAAUCUCGACGCAGCGGACGGACCGCACGCAUUUGGGAAGGAUUAACCAAGUCAUUGAAACGAUUAACGCCGUAAAAUGAAGGAUUUAACACAAGUGGACUUUAGGAUUGUGAUUUUGGUGCUGUUUGUCUCACAGUCUCCCCGUCUAACAAGACAAAACUCUUAACUCUGUGGAUUUUAUUCGAGCUACUGAACACAAGGCAUUUCAUCGUGUUGUUUUUGUUAUUACUAUUAAAGGAUGAACUGCUAAGGGAGUUUAUUCGCACUGCUCUUGAAUAUGCAUGAGGCCGUGCAAAGCCCACUUCCUUAGCCUAGCAUCCAUGUUGCCUAUUUGGCACACAGACCGAGACUGCUCACGCUACACUGGAAUUACUAAGCUCCCCUGAAAGUACUGUACAAGCCAUUCGUUCUCACACCCUUUUCCUCAGUGUUUGUAAGACUAAAGAGUUGCCAUAUGCCACUGAGUUCAGUUCAGUCCUCUUUUAAACGAAAGUAUGUCUCGCCAGGCUUGCAUUGUUACUGGUAUGAAGUGACUUAAACCACCAUUUUGUGUUAAGCACCACCUAUGACAAUAUUCACUCCAGUAGUGCUAUUGCGUAUUAGUUAUGUGGAUAUCCCCUAACACUGAGAUUGCCUGCUGCAUCCCAUGCUGGAAUCCAUGGUCAGGUGCUCCUCCUUCUCGCCUCUCAUGGGAGAAGUCUGUAUGUAUAUGUGGAUAGUGUAAAAAGAAUUUACUACUUUUUUGGUCUCUCUUUUUAGAGGUUUUUUUAUGUGUUUUAAGAAGCAUGUAAUAUAUAGUCAUCAAAUUUGUUAAGCUGGUUCUUAGUAAUUUGUAUCAUUUGAGAUGUAUUUGAAUAAAAAAAGACUCACUUAAAUACCAUUGCUGUUGC